CGCCAUUUUGUGCGGAGCGCGGCGGGCGGCGCCCGUUGGCGGUGCUGUGGGGCGGUGCGGGCGAGGGGCGGGGGGUCCGUCCCUCCCUCCACGUUUUAUUUCCCUUAGCGCUUCCUCUUCUUACUCUUUCCUUUCGCUCUCGUCCUCCGGCUCGGGCUCGCUCCCCGCGUCCCUCCGCUUUUGUUACCCCUCCCUCGCUCCCUCCCGCUCCCCGCCCCCGCGUGGCACUGCGGAGCCGGAGACGUGACCCGAGCGGACUCGCUUCCCCGCAGCUCCAGCCUCUCGCCGCAGAGUCGCAUGUCCUCGAUCCAGAACCUCCAAUCCUUCGACCCCUUUGCUGAUGCAACAAAGGGCGACGACUUACUCCCGGCGGGGACUGAGGAUUACAUUCAUAUAAGGAUCCAGCAACGAAACGGAAGAAAGACGCUAACAACUGUUCAGGGCAUUGCAGAUGAUUAUGACAAGAAGAAACUUGUGAAAGCUUUCAAAAAGAAAUUUGCUUGUAAUGGUACUGUGAUUGAGCAUCCUGAAUACGGUGAAGUUAUCCAGCUGCAAGGUGACCAGAGGAAGAACAUUUGCCAAUUCCUCUUGGAGAUUGGCAUUGUCAAGGAAGAACAACUGAAAGUUCAUGGUUUCUAAUACACCUGUACUUUUAUGAAGAACCCUGCAGUAUUGGUCUUACCUAUCCUGGCUCUUCUGUGAAAAAUGAGUCUUUGCAGUGAAUGGACUUCCCCAUUACUUGAACAUUUACAAUUUGAUUUGCAUGACUUCAUGAAACAGGUGGUGUGUAGAAUAGAAACACAUAAGAAAACUUCAGUAAGAUGGUAAUGAAGACCCUUGUGAACUUUAACACAUUUCCAAUGGAAAUGUAUUAGUGAUGAUUGUUCAGUUUAGUACUCUCCAUCUGAGUUAAAUGUGUGAGUUUUAUUCAAAUAGUGUGUGUUGUUGCUUAAAAAUAAAAGUUUAUUCAUAUAAUUUCCGGGAUAUUUGAAAUGCUUUAGCCUAAGUUUUGAAAUAGCUCUGCAUUCUUGCUGAAGAAUGGCUGAACUGCUUUGUGGCAAGUGUAGCUCACUGCUGUUUGAAGAAAUUGGAAAAUCUACAUGAUUAAGUGCUAGCUGUUUAAUCAGUAGAUCAGCUUGAUGCGAUCUCACCCUGUAGCUGUAAGACUAGAGCUUUAAAGCCUGUAGUGUAGGUGUACCUUAGUAGCAGCAUAAUAAGACAUCAAUUGUUUGCUGUGUAAGUAACUGGAUCCUCUCUAAAUUUUAUUGCAGUGACUGUGAGGUAUUAGUGUGAAGCAAAAGCAGGGGUAAGGCAAAACAUUUGGGUUAAAGUCCCAAAACAUUUGAAGGCAGUGGAUGGGAUAUUCUAUCUCCUCUGUCACUGAGUAGGGGGAAAAGACAUUGUCGGCUUCUGCCGCGACUGUGCAUCGAAAGUUGGCAAGCAGAGUGUUUGAGCUGGUAGUGCUAGCUGCAGGAGCAGGGAAGGGAACAGGGUCUACACUAACCAUUUCUCUGCUUUGACAAGUUUUCCUAGGAUUGAUGGUUGACAUGGAGAGUUUUGUAUUCGUGUUUGGGUAUUACUACAGAAAGCUGGUUUGGUUUACUUUUCUAGAAGGCAAUUCUUUCAGCUUUACUGGAAGUUAUAAUAGGUUUGUUUCACCAUGCUUGUAAGCUAGUUUUAGUUAGCUGUAAGCAUUUGCUAUUCUGCUUGUAGGAUAUGUCUCGUGAAGAAUGACAUUAAUUCAUUUGGUGAAACAAGCAGAUGUUGUCUUCCUUUUGAGGUUGACAUGGAAAUUUUUUCUGAAACAAUUCAGAACACUGAGCUGCAAAACCAUAACAAUAGCGCCAAAUGCUUUAAAAACUUGAUGUGAUAUCAUAUAUUCUCUGGAAAGAAAGAAAGAGACAUAUCUCUACUGCUAAGACUUACUAAUAACUUAGCCAGAAAAAAAAAAGAUUAAAUUGAUAAAAUAAUUGUUUACUACCUAAGUAAUAAAGAAUUAGGUAAAACUGUAUUAUUUAAUAUCACAUGUACCUGUACUUUAUUUCCUAUUCAUAUUUGCCUUUCUAAACAGAAAUGUUUCAAUUUUAACUCAUUUGAACUUUUUUUUCUUUUUUAGAUUUUUGAGUUCAGAAAUGAACCCAUAAGGCACUAGCAACAAUUAGGGGAGCAUUAUAUGAUGAUUUCUUUCUCCAUCUGGUCUAGACAAUUCCACUUAUAAAAAUCUAGUCUCAGUCUCCACAAAUACUGCCUGAUGUUACAGAUCUUAACUGUUCCAGAGAAAGGAUGCUCCAGAAGAUGGUAUACUGUUAAGGUGCAAUACAUUCAGGAGGAGGAAAUGCCUCAUGCAAAGCAUAAAAUACCCACAUACCAAAUGGAAAUCCAAAAAUAAAUCUUAUGCAAGUCUUGUAGAUGAGCAGAAUAAAGUCAUUCUAGUGCAAGUUUACCUAGUAUUGAUUCUUAACUGCUAAGUAAUCAAUCUUUUUGGGGGACAUAGCAGUUAGCGAUUUUUAUUUUAUCACAUGACCAAAAACUGAUGUUCUUAUUUAAAGCUUGUUCUCCUGCUCAAGAGGAAAAACAAGCAGUAUCUUCUGUUUCACUGGUAUUAUACAAGUUGUUCUAGUGGGCUUUGAAUUGAAGAUUAACAAAUGACUCGCAGGUCUCGUGUUACUGAGUCAGUCUUCAUUUCAGAUGGCAUUCCAUUAACUUUUACUACCUAAGCUUGAGUCAUUUCUCCAUAGUCAUUCUGCUUGGAAUAAAUGAGAAAAAUCUUUGAUUUUCUUCCUCCUCGUUUAAAAAUCCUUUCUAAUAGAAGGAGCCUUGCAGUUGAUAGGUGGCUUGGAUGGAGAUGCUUGUGUUUUGACCUUUGAAGGGCAAAAUUAUAAGGAGAUGGAAUAAGACGUAACAUAUUUGAAGUUUUAAAGAGGUGAGAUUUGUUGUGGCAACAAACCAUUUGAUCUUUCUAGAAGGAAAGCAGAAAUUUUUGUCCAUGAGUCUUUUAAACUGAAACAGUGUUUCUGAGAUUGUAAUUAGCCUUGGUAAAAGCCCAAGGCUCUUCGUAUGUUCUAGUUGAAAAGCUUUGACAAUAUCAUGUUUCGUUAUCUUAUUCUGAAACUUCUUUGUCAAAGCUAAACUUAUUUGGAGUACAUAUCUAUGUUUUAAAAUGCUGAAAAGGAAGGCUUUGGAAAAUAACUUUUUAAACUGCUGCCACAAAAAUCUGUUUUCAGAAUGAAGGCAGAUUUCAAUCUUUUCAUCUAUUCGAAAGUAGGUUAAAAAAUGUUGAAGGAUGUGGGCCAUAAUUGCCAAGGCAGUAAAAAUGAGCUUAUGCUAGAAAACUCUUCUGAAGUCCACUAGUAGGCUGAGACUGGCCAAACUCAGACUGCAAAAAAUUGAGGGUUUUUGUUGUAAUGUUGUGAAGUCUGCAUCCUUCAGACCUACCUAAGAUUGCCUUCUUAGUGAUACUUAGGCUUAAUCUCAAGGUGUUACUGGAUGUAGAAACUUGUUUUGAAUUCGCAGCCUUGUGCAUAGUUUUAUUAGGCUGUUAUAGCUGACUCUGAGCUGAUAUCGUGGAGUAAGGUGUUGCAUAAAUAAAUUCACUAAUUUGUCUGU